AUGAUGACGGUAAUGAUGGAGUUCGACAACCUUCCUGACCCAUUUUCAAUCCCUUUCCAAAACCUUUCUUCUUCAUCAAGUAUGGAAUUCUCCGGCGGAAGCUCCACCACCAACCACCCCACACCAUCGCCGCUGCAACCUUCCUUUUACCAUCACCCAGUUCCACCACCACCACCACCGCCAUUCAAGACCUUAUAUAAGCCGGAUUCAAUGGAGGCGAUGAGGGAGAUGAUAUAUCAGAUGGCGGCGUUGCAGCCGGCGGUUCAGAUCGAUCCGGAAUCAGUGAAGCCACCAAAGAGACGAAACGUGAAGAUAUCGAAGGAUCCGCAGAGUGUGGCGGCGAGGCACCGGAGAGAAAGGAUUAGCGAGAGGAUUAGGAUACUUCAGAGAUUAGUUCCCGGCGGUACGAAGAUGGACACGGCGUCGAUGUUGGAGGAGGCGGUUCUUUAUAUGAAAUUCUUGAAAAAACAAGUCCAAGCUUUAAAACAGGCGGCGACUACCGGCGGUGGUAUGGCAGCGCCGGUAAAAAUGGAGGGUAACGUCGACGGUUUGCUGCUCCACCACCGGUAUGAUCAGUCAUCAUGGUAAUAAUAGUAACUACUCCAACUACGUUGGAGCCUGUGUAUGCUGUGGGCUCUUUUGUGGGAUAUGUUAUGUAAACUGUAAAAACCUAUAAUUUACAUGUGGUAAUUAGAUUAUAGUUAAUUGAUGA